AUGACAGAAUUCGAGAAUGUGGCUAGCAGAAAUGGGACGACGUAUUUCGAUUGGCCAGAAGGCGCACUCGGCCUUGUCCAGGCAAGAAUCUUGCGGCGAAGUGUUGCUCCAAACAUUGCCGGUAUGGACAUAUUUGUUGAGAGAGUUAUCAAGAAGAAAGUCAAGAGGAGCAAGUUCAUCACGAGUACCGUCGAGUCAUUUUGGCGCGUCGCUGAAAAGAAGCAGUGGCAGGAGGGAAGGUUGGGGGGAGCCCGUUCAGAAAGAAGAGACUGGAUACUGGCGAGCGUGUAA